CGCUCACCCUCGAGCAGUGGUCCGACCUCGCGUCCUCGGCGAUGCUCAUCGUCGGGAUGUUGGGCCUCGGGCGGUACACCUUUCGGGGCGUCUCCAUCCUUCGCGAGUCGACUCGAAACGGCGCCACGGUCUUCGAGACGCUUCACGCGAUGACCCCGUGCGAACGCAUGGCGGUGGCGCAACCCCUCGGGCUGUUCGCGGUGCUCGCGGAGGUGCUCGCCGGGUGGGGAACGCCGCGAGGCAGGGGCGCGAGAGCCGCGUACGCGAGGCGCGCGAGGUCGAGGCAGCAGAUCGGGUUGUUGUUUGCGUGUUGUCCUCGGCUGCUCGCGCACCUCGCCGGGUGUCAAUCGCUGUCGCUGACCCGAGGCGCCAACCCCGGAGCCGAACUCGCCAAGCGGUGCGCGUCGUGGGUGAUGAUGGGGUGCAUCUACAGCCACGGGAUCGAGGCCGCGAGCUGGCUGCCCUUUUGCAUCGUCACGCUGACAAAGGCGGGGGGGCACGUCGCGACGGUGGGGUCGGUGAUGGCCGUCUUUAACAGGCUCGAUUUUAACAGGCUCGUCGUGGAGAUCGUGCCGCCCGCGGCGGCGGCGGCGGUGGUGGCGCGGCUGGUGAACUGGCGCGCGUCCAGGCGGUACAGGCCGCGAUGAGUCUGUACGUAUGCGCGUGAGAUCAUCUAUUAGUGUAGCACCUGUAAACGGUGAUGAUGUAC